UCAAGUCCUACCGAGACAUUAUCACACCUCUCCAACAAGCUUUCAAGCUCAAGUCUUGUGUCUUGUGUGUCAUGGCCGCUCACCUCAUGGCUCACUGUAGACUAGUAUAAAGUAUCUGCGUGUCUAUGGGACCCUUAGACUAGAUGGAGGACCCGAACAAGAUCCAUCAGCAAGGAUGAACCGCUCGUGGGCAGAAGGGAGGUGUGGAGCUAUCAUCGUGAGUCCUGGUGCAUAUGUAUCGACCCUUGUCAAAGCUAAACGCCAGUGUACUAUAAUGGUGACAGUCCAGGGUGUUUAUCCUCUGGGCUAUACACAAACUCUGUUCCAGGGGCUUGCCACAGCAGCGGGAUAUGAUCCCGUCGCAGACGCCGGUUCGUCAUGCCUUGCAACAACUGCUUCUGGCCAAUGUGUAUUUCUCUAGGGUAGCAGCACAAAGUCAGUUUCUAGUGUGGUGCUAAUCGCGAAUGGCAUC